UUUAUGUUGAUGAUUAAAAUUGUAUCUGUCAUUUAAUAUAAUUUGUAGCUAACCAGAGCAUAUAUUGUUGUAGGUGCAGACACAGAUUUUAUAAUGAUAUAUUAGGCAAAGGAUAGUAGCUGUAUGUGAUAUAUUAUCUCACAAUGAAUGACAGAAAAAGAAAGGCAGAAGAUAUUCCCUUUGCCAACUGUAAUGGAGUGCAUGUCAUGAAGAAGAAUAAUUCUGAAGUCUCACUUGGCCAGCCUGUUGUGGAAGAGGAAGAUUUGAUAUUUGAUGGUUUUCCCUCCACACAGGAGAGUAACUAUGGUGGAACUGGAGAGCAGUCGUGGUCAGCAGACCAUCUUGCUCAGAAGUUAGAUAAAAUUGGUUUAAUUGAAAUAGCCCAAAAGUUUAGAGAACAGAACAUAUCUGGAGCAGUAUUAGACAUGAUAACAGAAGAACAACUUACAGCUAUGGGUGUAGAUAAAAUUGGUGAUAGGUUACAAGUUUUGAAGUUCAUCAGAGGUAUUUCUGAAGAGCAUCAGAGAAAGGUAUUUAAUGAUCCUGUCCAUGGUCAUAUGGAAAUCCAUCCAUUAUGUGUAAAGAUAAUCGAUACUCCACAGUUUCAAAGGCUAAGAUAUAUAAAACAGCUAGGUGCUUGUUAUUUUGUUUAUCCUGGUGCUGGUCAUAAUAGAUUUGAACAUUGUAUUGGUGUUUGUCAUUUAGCUGGACAGUUAGCUCGGACUUUGAAGAAACGGCAGCCAGAACUAGACAUAACAAAUAAGGAUGUCUUGUGUGUAGAAAUAGCAGGCCUAUGUCAUGAUUUAGGUCAUGGACCUUUUUCCCAUUUAUUUGAUGGUAAAUUUAUACCGACAGUAAGACCAAAGUUGAAAUGGAAGCAUGAAGAUGCUUCAGUAAUAAUGUUUGAUUACCUGAUCAAGGAGAAUGAACUAAGAGAAGAGUUUGAGAGAUUUGGUUUGACAGAACAGGAUAUUACAUUCGUUAAGGAACAGAUCGCAGGUCCCUUGAAAAAGAAUAAAAAUGAAAAACUUUUACAGGGUGAUACAGAAGAAUGGCCUUAUCAAGGUAGAGAGGAAAAGAAAGGCUUUUUGUAUGAGAUAGUAGCAAACAAAAGAAAUGGUAUAGAUGUAGAUAAAUGGGACUACUUUGCCAGGGACUGUCAUGGUCUGGGGAUAAAAAAUAACUUUGAUCACCACAGAUUUAUGAAGUUUUCAAGGGUGUUGAAUGUAGAUGGUACACUACAGAUCUGUUCCAGAGAUAAGGAGGCAGAUACACUUUACAGCAUGUUUCAGAUAAGAGCAACAUUACAUCGAAGGGCUUACCAACAUAGAGUCUGUAAUGCAAUAGAAACUAUGAUAACAGAUGCCUUCAUUCAUGCAGACAAGAAAGGGAUUAUACCAGGGAAAGAUGGAAAACUUGUAAGAUUAUCUGAGUGUAUAGAUGACCCUGUAGCCUAUACCAGCCUGAAUGACAGUAUUUUCCAUGUGAUUCUUAUGUCAACCGACAAGGAACUUGCCAAGUCCAGGGAAAUAUUACAAAGAAUCCAACGUAGACAGUUAUACAAAUGUGUAGGGGAGACAACUCCAACUGAAGGCAAAACAAAGGAUGAUGUAUCAAAAAUCAAAGAAGAGAUCAUGUCAUGUAUUGAAGAGGAGUCAUGUGACAUGUUACGUCCAAAUGACUUAGUUGUACAUCUAGUGUACCUAGAUUAUGGAAUGAAGACAGAAAACCCCAUUAAGAACGUCAGAUUUUAUAACAAGAAUGAUGUAACUAAAGCAGUUAUUUUAGACAAACAUCACGUAUCACUGAUGUUGCCUGGUGUCUUUGCUGAACAGCUGAUUAGACUAUAUUGUAAGAAGACAGAUGAAGAAAGUCUGAAGAUAGCCAGGGAUAGUUUUCAGAAAUGGUGUGUUGAUAAAGGACUUCUGUCGAAGCAGGAUUCCCUGACACCUGAUAAAGACCUGAAUGGUCUGAAAACACCAGACAAUAAACCAUCUACAGAAUCUAAAUCUACACCGGUCUCUGCUGGAAAAUUCAAACAAAGAUUGUCCUUUUAAGUCAGGACAUCACACAUAAUGCAUUUAUAUAGUUAUAUUGUUUUAUCAACUUGGGUGAUCUGUCUCAACUUAAGGUUUGGACUUUACUAGUUGUAAAUGGAAUAUUCGUCAUAUUUGAUAAAUAUUUAAACACAUGUAUAGUGAACCCUUGUAUCAAUGAAUUUUCUUUUGUAAUUAUUUUUUUUUUUCAUGUGUAAACAGAACAGCAAUCGAAUUUAAAUAAAAUCAGAAGUCCAAUAUUAUGUGGCAAAAUUUGCAGUGUUUGUAAACAAAUAUGAUAAUUUUUAUUCAUGUAUAAUUUUAUGCAUUCUAAAAAUCAUUGUGUUAAAUUUCUAUCUAUUUAUGACGCAGAAAGUAUUUUUUGUGAAUAGAACCGAUAAAUGCUUUUGCUUGAUAUUUGAUUUGAAAUUUACUUUUGAUUAACAUUUUAUUUUACAAUAUAAAGAUAAAUAUUAAGGUGGUACCAAACACCUUGACUAAAAUUAAUUUGACUCGUUUAAUUUUCAUAAAAUUUAGACAAAAUAUUUACUUUGACCCUUUGACAAAAAUAUAAAAAUUUCAAAAAACUUGGAACCACACACUUUAUCAGAAAAAUUUCAUUGGAUAUAUAGCAGUUUGACAAACACUAAUUUUGAUCAGUGAGAAGCUUAAUGUUUC